GAACUCACCACAGAGUGAGAAAUAUUUGGACUUAACUUCCAGCAGUGUGGAGGGACACUGGAAGGCUUCUGUGAGGUUUCCUGUACGUGUCCCUGUGCCAGUGGAACUGUGUUAGAGCAGGUGCUCCACUACCUGUCCAAUCAGCCCUGCAGAGCAUUGUCAGGAUUACAGGUGUCUCUGCUGAGGAACUGAGGAGAAGACAAGGUGGUUCUUCUGCAGUCGCAGAACAGGACGAAACAAACCAACAAACCCAAGCCAACCAACAAUGGUUCAACCAACAAAUCUUCAGAGAUUUGCCUGUUUGAGCAAUGACAGUAUAUAAAUUUGGGAAUACAGCGGAAUUCCUGCCCAGUCGGUACCAGCAGGUCAAAUCCAGCUUUGGAUGUUCCUUCUCAACCUCAAACUAACUCAGUUUUUGUUUGUUUUGUUUUUAACAUUGCUUUCCUUUUUUGACAAACACACUCCCUGAUGAUAACAAAGAGAUAUGUCACGAUAUUCCUGGUGGGAUCCUGCUUGAUACUGGACCACUCCUCCCAAAUCCCUUUGCAGACUUCCCUCCACAGCAGAACUAGCAGGGGUGUAAUAUGUGGUGGAGGGAGGAAAAAUCUGGGUUUGGGGCCUUCUUUGGGGGAAGUUCCAUCAGUGGAGGGCAAGAGGAGAUGGCGGAGGCAGGGUAGGUCUGGAACUCACCGGAUUAAAAGAGGAUGGGUGUGGAACCAGUUCUUUGUCCUGGAGGAGUACAUGGGAUCUGAACCUCAGUACGUUGGAAAGCUCCACACAGAGAUGGACCAGGGAGAUAAUGCAGUGAAAUAUACACUCUCAGGAGAGGGAGUGGGGUCCGUCUUCACCAUUGACCAAGUGACAGGAGAUAUACAUGCACAGGUGGUGCUUGACAGGGAGAAAAAAUCGUACUACACGCUGAAGGCCCAGGCUGUUGACGUUCAUACAGGCAUCCCUCUUGAGCCAGAGUCUGAGUUUAUCAUCAAGGUGCAGGAUAUUAAUGACAAUGAACCUCAGUUCCCAGAUGGACCCUACAGCGCCAGUGUCCCAGAGAUGUCCCCAGCAGGAACCUACGUGACACAGGUGACUGCCACAGAUGCAGAUGACCCUACAUAUGGCAACAGUGCUCGCAUUGUCUACAGCAUCCUUCACGGCCAGCCCUACUUCUCUGUGGACCCCAAAACAGGUAUAAUUCGGACAGCUCUGGCCAACAUGGACCGUGAAGUGAAAGAGGAAUACCAGGUUCUUCUCCAGGCCAAGGAUAUGGGUGGUCAACUGGGGGGACUGGCCUCCACCACCAUCAUCAAUAUCACCCUGACUGAUGUCAAUGACAACCCCCCGCGCUUCACUAAGAGUAUUUUUCAUCUUCAUGUACCAGAGUCAGCAUCAUUGGGUGCAGCUGUGGGACGAAUUCAAGCCCAGGAUUUGGAUGUAGGCAGCAACGCACGGGUGGAUUUUGCCAUUGUUCCAGGAGAUGAGGGCAACAUGUUUGACAUCAUCUCUAAUGGUCAAAGUCAAGAAGGAAUCGUUGUUCUGAAAAAGACUCUUGACUAUGAAACCCAAGCGUCCUAUACUUUCAAGGUGGAAGCAUUUAAUGCAGAGCUAGAUCCCCGUUUCCUCCAUCUGGGGCCCUUCAAGGACUCUGUGACAGUCAAAAUUAACGUAUUGGAUGUGGACGAGCCUCCUGUCUUCACCACGCCUUACUAUUCUUUGGACGUGUACGAGGACACUCCCCCAGGAACCAUCAUUGGCUCAGUGACCGCUUACGACCUGGAUGCUAGUAGCAGUGCUGUCAGGUAUUCUCUGGAGUGGCAGACUGGCUCUGACAGCUUUUUUGACAUUGAGACGGUGGAAGGAACUUUAUCCACUAAUGAAUACUUGGACAGAGAGACAGCUGUUCAGCACAACAUCACUGUGGUGGCAACCAAACUCAAUAAUCCUUCGCUGUCUGCAGAAGUGUUAGUGAAGGUCAACGUCCUGGAUGUGAAUGAGUUCCCUCCUCAGCUCACUGCUCCUUCAGAUACAUUUGUCUGUGAAAACUCCAGAGCUGGACAGGUGAUCCAGACAGUCAGCGCUGUUGACGAGGACCAUCCCCCUGUGGGCCAGAGGUUCUUCUUCAAGUCCUCCAAGGAGCUCCAAUACAGAAACUUUACUGUUAGAGAUUAUGGAAACAACACUGCUGGGAUUGUGACUCGACAGUCAGCUUUCCAGCGGCGGCUGCAGGAUGUCUACGUCCUUCCUGUUGUAGUUGAGGACAGCGGUUACCCCGCUCAGAGCAGCACAGCUACCCUGACCAUCAGAGUGUGUUCCUGUGAGACUGUGGGCUCACUGCUCACCUGCUCACCAGUGUUCCUGCCCGCUGACCUCAGCACUGAAGCUUUGUUGGCUGUUCUUCUGAGCAUUACUUUGCUGAUUGGUAUGUCAGUGUUAUACAUGGGUCAGAGGCCCCAGAAAGUGAAAGACACUCUGAUGAGAUCAAAAGAAGACAUCUGUGAUAAUGUCAUUCACUAUGACGACGAGGGAGGUGGCGAGGCUGACACUGACGCAUUUCACAUGGGCACCUUGUGCAAAACACAUUCAGACCACAGCAGCAUCUCCAACAAGAAGAAAAAUGGCUAUGGCGACGGCAUUCUGCUGCAUCUCAGCACCCACUGUGACAAUGUCAGGUCACCUGACAUCCAUCUGCAAACAGCCAGCUUCAUCGCCACCGGGAACAAGCCUCCACUCUUCUGCCGCGGCAGGGCGACCCAAGGCGAUGCUGAAUUGAUCAGAGAGGUCAUUGAACACCGACUGAAGGAGAGCCAGCAGGGGUACGCGGACCUACCUGGUGAUUCACUGGCAACGUACGCACACGAGGGGGAUGGCUCAGAGGCUCAGUCUCUCUCAUCCAUAGAGGACUCACUUGUACUUGACAGUUUAGGGGAUUUUAGCUCGCUUGCUGACUGGGGACAGCCAUUUAAAACACUGGCUAGCAUUCUUGACAAACAGCCACCGUCUCUCUUUAACGAGAGCUGAGAGGAAAUUGAACUGAAUAUUAGUUUAUUAGCUAAAAUCAUUAUUAAACAUGUCACCAAUUUUCUAGUUAAAUGUGUUUCUAAAGGUGCUGCUGACGUUUUCACACAAAAGGUGUCUUGAAGCUGUGAUCUCCAACAGAGGCUUGUUCUUACAUUUCAGUCAGCGUUUUUUUUUCCAUGUCAUUUUCUCAUUAUUACAUCUGUGGUUUAAUUUCUCUGCAUGUGUGGACUGGAUGGGCUGUUGCUGCAAGUCAACAGCACCUGGAGAAAUAUAUUUAGACACACAUCACCAAUUUUUUAACUAUGUGUACAUAAUAUAUAUCCAUCCAUUUUCUUCCACUUAUCUGGGGCCUUGUUGGGGGGGCAGCAGCCCCAGCAGAGAAGCCCAGACCUCCCUCUCUCCAGGGUGUUCCCAGACCACCAAGAAAAAUGAUCUCUCCAGCGUUUCCUGGCUCUGCCCUGUGGGACAUGCCCGGAAACCUCACCAAGGAGGUGCCCGGAGGCGUCCUUGUCAGAUGCCUGAGUUAUAAAUUUUUAAGCAUGACAGACACUAGAAUGAUGUAAGAAUUGUCAGAUUGAUAAAACCAAACUUGUUCACGUCGGUAGUAUUUAUAUGCUUCCACAUCAUCCAGGGGUCUGUCUUCUGUCUUCUUUUAACUCUCAGCUUUUCAACCAUGCUUCCAGUGGAACUUGGUUUGGUUCAUCUUUGAAUUCACCUUAGGUUGGACAAACUGGCAAGUAAUUCGCAAAUGUGAAUAUAAGUAAACCUCUUAACUGGUCACUAAGGACCCAUAAAGGUUUGGAGUUGGGUUUUGUUUUAGCUAUAAUAAAAAGAGCGUUUGUCAGAAAGUAAACAGUGUUACCUUUCAAGUGUCGUGCAUCAAUUAGCAAUAAUGUUUUUCCAUUUAAAGCUUUUUUAUGUUCCAGAUUGGCAAUUCAUUUUAUACAAAGAGUUAAAUGUUACCUUGAAUCUAACUCCAGAUGUAUCUCAGUGGCCUAGUGGCUCACUGCUAAUGAGUUCAUAUAUGUCAGCUGUAAGCUAAGGAUCCAGACUGGAAGGUAAAUGUGUUAUUGGCACUUAUUAAUUUGUUUCAUUGGUUUUAUGAAAUGUUAAAUUCUGCAUCUAAAUAAAGUCAGAACCACAGACACUUCUAUGUGCUCAUUAUUAGACGAAGGUUAGCAAAGUAGAGAAACUGAGAAAACAAAACUUGAAAGUGCUGCAGUCAAAAUAAAACAGCAGAUCCAUUGUGCUGCUGCCUGGAGACAUGUGGGCUGCAGCUGCCUUGUGUUUAAGAGGCAA